GGUGGACGAAAUGAACGACAAUCGUACGUUUUUUUGCACCUAAAUAUUCCACGAUAUUAGAGAUUUUCAAUCCGUAAAAUGUCGCUAAAAGAUCUUUUCUCCAAAGCUCCAUCUCCACCUCCUCUGAGUGAAGAGCCAUGGCCCCAACCUGUUCCUUCUAGUUCAAAUUCUUCGAGUAACUGUCACUGCAUGUCACCUUUGUAUUCAGCUACCGCUAGACCAACUGUAGACGAGUUUCUGCGAACAAAUUAUUUGAUGAUUCCUGAAUUUUUGCAGCAAGUGAAUCGAGCAAAGAUAGUAGCAAACAAGGGAGGCGUUGGUCAAAGUGUGGUAUUGGAAGAAAGUGCCUCUCUCCAAGGAGCUGUUCAUCGAAGGAAAAUCAUUUCUUUUGAUUCGCUAACACGGGACAUCAACAGCGAAAACACAGAGAAGAAAGAAGAUGGAAUCAAAGAAAUUAAAGGAUGUGACUCAAAUGUUAAACGUGGAGCCAGUGGAGCAAAAAGUAUAGAUGUGAGUAUUGAUACUACUGCUUCACAAAAUCAGGCAAGUGUUCGGGACAUUGUGGUGCCUCCUCUACUUAAACCAAAACCUAGGGUCAAAAAAGUGAUGAAGGGAGGAACUCUAGUUACAAUACCAGCCCCUCAGAUCAGAAAGAGACCUCCCCAAGGGUUUACUGCGAAUGAUGAAAACAACGUUGAAUCGGGAGUACUUUCAGAACAGAGCGAGGGUGGAAAAUCUGUCGUUGAAGCAUGUCUGCUAGAGAGAACCCAGAAUAAGAUUGAUCAGUCCUGUAAAGAUGAUCCAAGUAACAAUCAGCUGGCCACAGGCAAGCAUGACUUGGUGACACCUACACAUGGAUCGAAGGACAUACCUGGGGAAGUUUCCUCUCAUCAAAGAGAAGUGUCAGGCUCUGAAAUUGUACCCAAGAAAUGUCAAGAAACACAGGUUCUUGUAAGUUUCACUGACAAUAAUAUACCGCAAGACGAUAAGAAUAACACGGAUGAAAACUCUGAUUUUGGUGAAAAUAGAUUCUUUAACACUAUGGCCUUACUGGAAAAAGACAGCACAAAUCCUAAGGAGAUUGUGGAUAAGAGGUCUGAGGAAACACCCACUGGACCCAUGCAGGAGUCAAUCAAGGCAAAGUCGAACGAUGAAUUUAAAGGGAAUAUUCCAUUAGAGGAAUCCGAAGCACUCAGCUCUGAAGACACCAAUUUGAGUGAAAAUCAGGGUGAGUAUUUCAGUGAUUAUCAGACAUUGGACAUAGACUUAGUUAGAGACCUGAAAGAGAAGCACAUCAGCAAAAACACUGAUGGGAGUACAACGAGAGUUCUUGAGCCGUUAAGGCCUGGUUCUAUUCUAGCUCAGCUUAAAAGUUCUCAAAGCUCUAGCACUAAAAAACAAGAGGAGCUGUCAAGUGAUCUGCCAAAAGCUACAGGAAGUUCCAUGGCAAAACAAAGCUCUGAAAAGCUUAAUAUGUCAGAUGAAGAGCACAGUGAGAAGAUCAAACAGAAUGAAAAUUCCCAUCAAAAUCAACUUUCCAGUGACGAGAAAAGCCAACUUACAGAAAUCAUUCAUGGGGACAAGGAGGUUACGGGAAGAACCUGGGAGAGCUGUGCUAAGGGUAUAGAUAGAAACGCUGAGGAGUGUUGUAUAGAGAAUUCUGAUGCAGGUAACCAUGACACAGGUGUUUUCAACGAGAGUGCUGAUGUUAAGAAAGAUUGCACUGGCUCUAGUGACAGUAUCAAUAGUGAUCAUAAUGCUAAUGAUAACGACGACCAAGAAAACGGCGAUGACGACUACGAUAAAGAUGAUGAUGACGACGGCAAUGAUAAUACUAAGUCUGUUGAUAAAGGAGACAGUGUAGCAGAUGACGGCGGGGACGAGUACGCUGAGCUUGUGAUGGUGGAGUCAACAUCAGACGAGGAUGAAGAAGAAUAUGAUAACUUUCUUAUUGAUGAGAAUGAAUCCGAUGGAGAAGAGAGUAAGGUGAAAAGUGAUUAUGAAGCUGAGGAUAUGGAUCUUGACUCUGACAAUGAAGGAGAUACUGGCGGAAUAUCAUUUCAUCAAGAUACUACGAUUGGACAAAGGGUGAAAUACUCAAGGGGCAGGCAGAAGGAUAAUAAACGAACAGCGAGGAAUCGAAAAAAGAAGUUUCGCAAAAAGAAGAGGGCUAAGAGACAAAACCAGAGACUUUUAGAGAAAAAGAAAUGUGGGCCAGUCUCAGGACAUAAAUCGACGGAUACUCCAGAGAAACAUUCUGAGAUCAAGACAUUACCAGUGAACAAUCCACCCCGGGAAAAAUCAGCGGAACCUGGAUCACUGUUAUCGAUGGUGUCUUCUUAUUCUGUGGAUCUUACAGUGGCAGCCAGUGAAAAGCUGUUGAAACGUAAGACUCGAGGUGGACAACACGCAAAGAAGUUGAAGAAAGCAAAAAGAACAGCGGAAGCUUUGGAGAGAAAAUGGAGUGGAGAACCGCCACCUCGAACAAAACCAGUUUAUAAAGAGCUCCUCAGACCAAUCUGCUCAUUUUACAUUCAAGGAAAAUGUAGGAAGGGCAGUGAGUGCUCUUUCCGUCAUGACAGAUCAGCUCUGGUGAAGAAGAAGGCGAUCUGUAGGUUCUACGUGCUUUCCGCUGACAAUUGCCAGUUGGGAGAUGACUGUGCUUUUAUGCACAGUUCAUUUCCAUGUAAAUUUUUUCACACAAUAAAAUCCUGCCGGGAAGGCAGCCGCUGCAGAUUUUCCCAUGAUGCUCUAACAGAAGAAACAAGUAGGAUACUUCAAGAGUAUCUCAACCCAGCCCACGAAGACGCUGAUCAAUUGCCAGAGGGGACUGACUUCGUAGCGUUGAAUCAGCAAAGUUCUGAUCCACAGUCGCCCGUUGAAGACACCCCGCAAUCGGGGCAUUUGUCUCCAUACAAUCUAAGGCAAGUGCACGAAAGCGGGUACUUGGUUGCGAUGGAGCAACACCAGGGGGCCAAGGAACAUUUGGAAAAUUGAUCAGACUUGGAAGACCUGCAAAGGCAGAAGAAGACGGCACGCAGGACGCAGAAGAGCAAAUGGGCCCGUUCGUUCCAGGAUUAUACAAAGACUU